AUGAACCAACUUCGCUCCGUUCUCAACGGCCUACUCAUCUUGGUGUCAUUUGUCUUUUCCGAAAGAAUCGACACCCACAUCCAUGCUCUGCCACCGGCGUACUUGAAUGCUCUUGCAGCCGCCGGGGGGGAUCCCUCGGGGUAUCCAACACCGGAAUGGAGUCUGGAUGCGGCCAUGAAGUCGAUGAACGCGAUUGGGACAUCUCUCGGAAUCUUGUCUGUUUCAUCCCCUGGUGUCUCAAUUGCUGGGACAGGCGAAGCCGCGAGAAAACUUGCCCGCAAAUUGAACAACGAUCUUGGCACCUACGCCUCUACGGGUAAGCACAGGGGUAAAAUCGGAUUCUUUGGAGCUCUUCCCGACUUUCAGGACGUCAAUGGCACAUUGUUGGAGCUCGAUUACUUGUACAGAGAACAAAAACUCUGUAAUGGUGUUAUUGUCUUUACAAGCUACGGCGGAAAGCUCCUCGGUGACUCCGAAUUCGCACCUAUUUGGGCCAGACUGCAGAAAUAUAACGCCCUUGUGUUUCUACACCCAUCAGUACUAGACGUCGAGCCUCGCCUGAUUGGCCCAGGCAUCCCACAGCCUAUUGUCGACUACCCUCUUGCGACCACCCGUGCGGCCACGGAUCUUGUUAUGACAGGCACCAUUCGAGCUUGCCCUGACAUCGAUAUUGUCCUUUCCCAUGCUGGUGGAACUAUUCCCUUUGUCGGCGGCCGAGCCAUAGGUGCGCUAGGUAUUCCUACUAUAGCAAAGCAAGUCAAAGUCAAUCUUGUACAAGCUAAGGAGGAUUUUGCCCGCUUUCAUUACGACAUUGCUCUUAGCACCAGUGCCGCCCAGCUGGAUGGUUUGCUGGACUUUGCUAGUCCGGAUAAGAUCUUAUUUGGGUCUGACUUUCCUUAUGUGCCUCAGUAUGGAAUUGAUGCUAUUCUACUCGGGUAUCACAAUUAUGUCAAGACAAAUUCGAGGGGGGACAAGGUUGCUCCUGAGGUGUUGCGACGGAAUUCACUAAAGCUCCUGAAUAAGCAUGCUCAGGGACAGAAAUAUACCUAA